UCCUCCGCACCUCGUCUCAGCGCUAUGUCCUCGGACACCCCGCUUCUCGCGGGACCCUGAACCAUUCCUUGCACUUAAGGAGACCCAAAGGGAGCACGGAGGGUCGUGAUAUUUAAUAUCUAGUUCUUCUGUUUUGAUUUAUUUACAUUUUUUUUAUAGCGGAUUCAUCCCUGCGGCACUUAUGACGAGACGGUGCGCGAAGCUCGCGGCGAACUGACAGCGCGUGCCGACUCAUGCUUUCCUAUUGCAAGCCGCUAUAAUAUAAAGGCGCACUGCGACGCAGACUUCACCCCCCUCCCUCUCCCCUCUCCCUGGCGGCUCUUUACUUGCGGACUUACUCCUAAGCUUCCUUGCAUGGAUGUAGGCUACCAUGGCUACGUUUGUGUGCAGGGUGCAGUUUCUAGACGACACCGAUCCGUUCAACAGCACCAAUUUCCCGGAGCCUACUCGACCACCGCUCUUCACCUUCAGAGAGGACAUACCGCUCAUCAACCAGCUCGCCGGAGUGCACAGACUCCUCAAAGCGCCGCAAAAGCUCGAUGACUGUGCUCUGCAGCUGUCUCAUAAUGGAAGCUACCUGGAUCUGGAUUCUACUCUGGCAGAGCAGAAAGAUGAGCUGGAGGGCUUCCAGGAGGACGGAGGGCGAGGCAAAAAGCACAGUAUAAUCCUACGAACACAACUCUCAGUAAGGGUCCAUGCCUGCAUAGAGAAACUCUACAACUCGACAGGAAGGGAGCUAAGAAGAGCCCUGUUCUCUCUCAAGCAGAUUUUUCAGGAUGAUAAGGACCUGGUGCACGAGUUUGUGGUUGCUGAGGGACUCAUCUGUCUCAUUAAAGUGGGGGCAGAGGCUGACCAGAACUACCAGAACUACAUCCUCAGAGCUCUUGGGCAGAUCAUGCUCUAUGUGGAUGGGAUGAAUGGCCUGAUUGGACACAAUGAAACAGUUCAGUGGCUCUACACUCUGGUCGGAUCAAAGUUCCGUCUGGUGGUUAAGACUGCUCUGAAGCUCCUGCUAGUGUUUGUGGAAUACACAGAAGCCAAUGCUGCACUACUCAUCCAAGCUGUCAACGCUGUGGACACUAAACAAGGUUGUAAGCCAUGGUCUAAUGCCAUGGAAAUCUUGGAUGAGAAAGAUGGCGUGGACACUGAGUUGCUGGUCUAUGCCAUGACCCUCAUCAAUAAGACACUUGCAGGCCUUCCAGACCAGGACUCAUUCUAUGAUGUGGUGGACUUUCUGGAGGAGCAGGGCAUCGAAGCCAUUGUCCAGAGGCACCUCAGCAGAAAGGGCACUGACCUAGACCUGCUGGAACAAUUCAACAUAUAUGAGAUGACUCUUCGUCAUGAGGAUGGUGACGAUGAGUCGUCGCCUCCUCCGGUUGGCCGAAAGGACCGCCGUCGUGCAAGUGUAGGAGGCACACUCGAAAGACGGGGCCUAGAACGCAGACGCAGCCGGAGACAUUCUCUGCAGAACGGGAAAGGACACGCAUCUGCACCCGCCUCCCCUUGUCACAGCCACAACCCCAAUUUCCUACCUUUUAAUGGCCAACGGAUUGAGGAUGUCACUGAGAGAGAGGAGGUGGAGGAGGAGGAGGUAGAUGAGGAACCACAGAAAGCAGAACUCUCUGUUCAGGGAUCUGCCAGCUGGAUGGCGCCAACUGUAGCGAAAGAGGAGGCUUCUAGCUUGUGUUUGCCCUUUAAAUGCAUGGUCAACCUCAUCCCCAGCACUGCUGAUUCAAAGGCACGGGAGAGUGCCAGGGGCUGUUCUGGGACCAAGGUCAUCCUCAAAGCGCCAGUGUCCUCACCUCCUGUAACUCCAGAUUGUGGCCCCUGUGGUCUGUCUUCUUGGGCAUCCGUCAGGUCUCUGGGGGCUGUGCCCUCCCGGGGUUCAUCCGUCACCUCCUCUGCCUCCACAUCCCCCAGUGAGGAACAUCAAAUUCCCCUUCCUCUCCCCUCGUCCCCCCUUCUCUCCACUUGCCCGUCAGACUCGGAGGAGGUGCCUUUGGGGACCCCGCAAGGCCAGAGGGGCCGAGACGCAGAAAAGCGCUCCAGACAAAAUGGCUAUGCUGGCACAUAUCCUGGCAGGUCAUUAAGUGCAUCCAGUGCCCCUUCUACCCCCUUCAACCGCUUCGUCUCUACAGGAGGGUCACCUACCGACAGCAAACCUGACAGGCUGGCUCUGGGAGGUUUACUGGCCUCAUCAUACAGGCAGCACCAGGAGUCUCUGUCUGCAGAGCGGGAGCGGAGGCGCCUUGAGAGAGAAGAGAGGUUGCACAGGAUCGAACGGGAGGAGAGAACUCGUUUCAGUCGUGACUAUGUGCAGAGGAGGGAAGAGGCCAUACAUGCUCGUGAAGAGAGGUAUAAACAAGUGGAGCGUCUGGCAGCGGAGGAGUACGAGAGGGAGCAUGUGGCAUCCUCGCCAAGAGGUCGCACAGAAAUCACACUCAAUCUGAGUCCACGCACCUCCUGCAAUGCACGCUGUCCAAUCCCAUCCUCCACUGAGUCUCAGGAGAAUAAACGUCCUCAUACCCACACUGCACAAGAAGCUGAGCCAGAACCAAGCCAUGUGGAGUCUCCCUCCGUGUCUGGCCGACAGUGGUCCUCAGAGACAGAGGACGAGCAGAGGCCUGUGGAUGAGAAGGACAUAACGGUGUCUGUGCUACAUACAGAGCCAGUCAACUCGGACAAAACAGGGAAAUGGACAUUAAGAAAAGAUGAGCAUGACAGAGAAGUACAGGAGGUCGAGAAAGGUGAAGAUGUGAAAGUGAAGGCGAAAGAGAGCGAAAAGUUGUGCACAGAGGAAGUGAUGGCAAAUGAGGCAGGGACUGAAUUAGAGGCAGAAGUGGAAGAGGAGUGUGAGAAAGAGCAGAUAGUGGAAAGAGACACGGAGGAUAGCACAGCCCUCAGCGAGAAAGAGAGGCAGAAUGAGGAACUGAAUGAGAAGGACAACUGUUCGGCUUCCAGCAUCUCGUCAGCCAGCAGUACUCUGGAGAGAGAAGAGCGAGAAGAGAAGCUCGUGUGCGAUAAUGACUCAGGCCAGUGGGCAGAAUGCAUUAAGGCAGCAGAUAUCAGCGAACAAUGUGGCAAAGUCCUCAAUAACAAGCGCUUCAUGCUGGACAUGCUUUACGCACAAAAUAAGAAGCCUGAUGAGGAGGAGGAGAACGAGAAAGAGAAAGAAGGCCCAGGAGGCCAGGACUCAUCAGUAAACAGCCUCGCCACUCGCAUCUCAACUCUGGAGGCCCGGCAGCAGGCAUGUGAGGACAAUGUGAAGAAAAUGGAAGUGCAGCACCUGGACAACCAAGGCAAUGUGCGAAUAGUGGCCGAAAAAUUCGGUGACUUGGUGAAGGGGCUGGUCUCACCUCACGAGGCUGAGCAUGCUGGGAAGGAGAAGGCACCUUCACCCACACCACCUAAAAAGGAGUCGGAUCACAUCUGGGACCAGCUGAUGGCCACACCUCGAGAACUCCGCAUCAAAGAGAUGGACUUUACUGACCUUUUGGAGGACGAUGACAUAGACAUUUUGGAUGUUGGAAACAUAAAGUCAGGUGACCACAUGACACCUCCUCCCCCACCCCCAUGUAUACCAAACCUCCCACCCCCACCUCCCCUUUUCGGUUGCCCACCCCCUCCCCCUGUGCCAUGUGGGAUGUUACCUCCUCCACCACCUUCCAUGGCGUCAAUGGCUCCCUCGCAUAUCGGUUCUCCUCAGCAUAGUCAAGGAGAGCCACCACUCUUUCAGAAGAAGAAGAAGACCAUCAGACUCUUCUGGAACGAAGUGAGACCUACAGAUUGGCAAUACAGCAGUGACAAGCGCUGCAAGGAGUCACUGUGGUCCAAAUUGGACCCAGUAAAGUUGGACACAGCCAAGUUGGAACUCCUCUUUGAGACCAAGUCCAAAGAACUUCCUGUUACAAAGAAAACAGCAGCGGAUGGGAAACGGCAGGAGAUUAUUGUUCUUGACUCCAAAAGAAGCAACGCCAUCAAUAUCGGCCUCACAGUUCUUCCACCACCCCGCACCAUCAAAACAGCUAUCCUCAACUUUGACGAGUAUGCUCUGAAUAAAGAGGGUAUUGAGAAAAUCUUGACUAUGAUUCCCACAGAAGAGGAGAAGCAGAAGAUUCAGGAAGCACAGCUGGCAAACCCAGACAUCCCUCUGGGCAGUGCUGAACAGUUCCUUCUCACACUCUCCUCCAUCAGUGAGCUCUCUGCUCGCCUGCACCUCUGGGCUUUCAAGAUGGACUAUGAUGUGUUAGAGAAGGAAGUAGCAGAGCCCUUACAGGACCUGAAGGAGGGCAUGAGUCAGCUGGAGAAGAACAAGACACUGUGCUUUAUUCUGUCCACACUACUCGCUAUCGGCAAUUUCCUUAAUGGAACAAAUGCGAAGGGCUUUGAGCUGAGUUACCUGGAGAAGGUUCCAGAAGUGAAAGACACUGUGCAUAAGCAGUCUCUGCUUCACCACGUCUGCUCCAUCGUAGUGGACAAGUUUCCAGAAAGUUCCGACCUGUACUCAGAGAUCGGUGCAAUUACACGCUCUGCUAAGGUGGACUUUGACCAGCUGCAGGACAAUCUGGCCCAGAUGGAGCGGCGCUGCAAAGCUUCCUGGGACCACCUGAAGGUCAUCGCCAAGCAUGAGAUGAAGCCGGCACUAAAGCAGCGCAUGUCUGACUUCCUGAAGGACUGCGCUGAGAGGAUCAUCAUCCUCACUAUCGUCCACAGGCGCAUCAUCAACAGGUUCCAUGCCUUUCUGCUGUUCCUGGGCCACCCAGCAUACGCAGUGAAGGAGGUCAGCAUUCACCGCUUCUGUAAGAUCCUUAGUGAGUUUGCGCUGGAGUAUCGCACCACCAGGGAGAGAGUGCUGCAGCAGAAACAGAAGAGAGCUAACCACAGGGAAAGGAACAAGACCCGGGGCAAAAUGAUCACUGACAGCGGUAAGUUUGCAGGCGCUUCAGCAGAUGGUCAGGACGCGCCAUUGCAGGGACUUGACUGCGCUGAGGACGUAGCAGAACACGAGCAGAUGACCGCAGUGCUGCGAAACAGUAUGCAGCUCGGAGACACCACCCCUUCAGUCCUGCCCGGCCUGCGCACCCGCACCAGAGCCAGCCGAGGCCGCAUGGGACUGUGGUCUUCUGCUAGUGAAGACACGUCUAAUUGCAUGGAAGACACAGCAGAUGAGAUCAUGGAGCGCAUAGUAAAGUCGGCAACUCAGGGCCCCAGCCAGCGCAGUCAGCCUCGCGAGCGGAGACGCUCAAGAGCUAACCGCAAGUCAUUAAGAAGAACACUGAAGAAUGGGCUCACCCCAGAGGAGGCACAGGCCCUGGGAUUGGCCAGUGGCUCUGAGAUGCAAGUGUGACUAGAAUAGAUUCUAGCAGCUCAGGGUCUCAACACUCAACACACACCAAAUCUGGAAAAACCUGAUCCUGGACACUGCAACCUAAGCAUGCUGAUUGAAAGACUGAUAUUUCUUAACAGCUACCACUUUUACUGCAUUUUUUUAAAAGACAAGCACAGUAUCAGCUGCCGUUGAACCUUCUAGUACCUAAACCUCUAAUACACACACACACACUCGUAGCCCUGUUAGUGAAGAAUGAGCUCUCUAUAGAGACACGCGUACUAGUCUUUCUUACCACUGUGGCCUUGAGAGUGAACCCAAAGAUCAGUGCUGUCAACAAGGCCGAUCUCUUGCACCCUGGUUAUCAAAUAUAAGCCGUUUAGUGAAAUCUUGCCUGCUUUGGUUAGUAGCACAUUCAGCAUUCGUGUCCAAUGGAAACUGCAGAGCACAGAUUUAUAGAAAUCACUGACGUAGAUAUCAAGGCGUGAUUCUCUCUGCACUGCUGUGGUAUUAGUGAGGUUGUUUUUUGUGCACGUUUUUUUUUCCUUUUUCAUUUGAUACAGAUUUUAAAUUGAGCCUGAGAUUAAAACAUGAUCAGUAAUAUGCAACAACUUUUCUGAUACACAAUGCUGACCUGCAGCACCUUCUGCCAUUUGUACUGUAAUCCAUCUGCUAAAAGCGUUCAACAAGAAUAGGCAUAUAUCUGUUUCCAGACACAAAUCAACACUAGUCUUAGCCCAAGAAGAACUUCAAUGCUGCCUUGAUGUUAACUGUUAUAAACUCUAUUUUAAUUUGGUAUCGUGCGAUACAUGACAAUUAUACUUGUGGCAUUCAGUCAUGACGUAGUGUUUUUGGAAACAGACAGAAGGACGUGGUCUUUUCAGCACAGCAGCACUCUGGUUUUAGAGGUUUUUAGGAGGAACACUUCAGUGUGAUUCGGUUACACAAAUAAUAAUAAUAAUAAUAAUCACGAAAUGUCAAUUCUCUAGUGUGAAACCCAAAACAUCAUUCUGACAAUCCACACAGCUGUACUACACGACCCAGUAGUACCUCCCAGCACCUUACUACGUGUAUCAUGUCAUUUUAAAGCAAUGUCAAGUAUUAACAAGAAGUAUUUGUUUUUGUCUGAUGUCUUCUUCAGAUAAUAGAGUACUGUAAAAAAAUAAAAAAAAUAAAAAAAAAGGAAAAUGAACUAGAAAUCUAAUGUAGAAACUAAAUGUUCCCUAAGAAGACAAAUGCUGUACAAUUGUGUAAAUCUCUUGUUUUUAUUUUUGCAUCUGUUGCAUUUGUAUAGAAUAGUGUAUUAUAGGUCAGAAGCAGUGUUAUUCUGUGAUGAUUAUAAUUUAAGAAAAAUAAGCAAGCCAUGCAUUGUUUAAAACUAAGAAAGCGGGCGAGUUGAGUCAAAGGGAGUUUCUGUCAUGUCAGUUUGAUGCUCAGCGAUGUUUGCUUUUGUCAUGUGUAAAAAAAAAAAAAAAUGUUUUUUUUUUCCUUUUUUUGCACAAACUUGAAACAUGUUUGGUCCUUGUAACCCACCCACCUUCCACUCCUGCUCAAAAGCCUUUCGAGAUCAUUGCACUUAAGUAUAUAGAAUUGAGUCAUGUCCAACAUUUUGCUGCAAGUGCCAUAAAUAGUGGGUAUUGAAUAAGAGUACCAAGAAUGUGAAUUUACCUUGUUAAUACUCACAGCGAAAAAAGUAUAUACUGUAUACAAAUCUUGCAAUAAAAAAAGCUUUUAUGAAGCAUCCUGAGAAAUGCUGGUCAUGUCGAGUGCUUUCACGCCGACAAUGCAACGAAGGAAUGGAGACCUGUCAAUUUCACUGCAAUCACUUUCGCAACCUAUGGUAGAAAACUCGUGGAAAACAUACUUUUCCUUGAGUUAUCGAUUAUAGGUUGGGACAAAAUGUGCAUUUUAUUAAC